AUGUCCCAUUAUAUUAAAAGAGUUACAUUCUCUACGUUGGCUUUUGCCACUGGAUUUACAGCUUUCGCUCGUGUUUGGCCUGAAAACUCAAAAGAAUUAAACACAAGAAGAAUAACUGAACAAAAAGCUGAAAUCUUGGAAUCAAUUAAAAAAUCACCAAAUUAUAUUCAACUAUUACGCAAUGAAGAUUAUACUGGUGAUGUACAUUCAUCAAGAAUACCAAGAUUACAUCAAUCAAAUCAUGUUUCUCAAGGUUUAUUAUUUGGUCCUCAACAUUUAGAAAUUGAUCCAUUAGUUUUCACAAAUGAAAAAGAUAAAGAAUUACAAGCUUAUUAUCAUUUAGGGGAAAGAUUAACAAGUUAUGAUGGUAAUAUUCAUAAUGGUGUUAUCUCUACGAUAUUAGAUGAAUUACUUUGCUUUUGUGGAUUCCCAGAAUUACCAAGUAAAAGAGGUGUUACUGCAAAAUUAUCAAUUGAUUUUAAUCAACAUGUUCAACCAAAUACAACUGUAUUAUUAAAAGCCAAAGUUAAAGAAGUAAAAGGAAGAAAAGUCAUUAUUGGUGGUCAUAUUGAAACUUUGGAUCCAAAUCCAAUCAUUAUUGCAAAUGCUAAUUGUGUCUUGGUUGAACCAAAAUGGUUUAAAUAUUUUAAAUGGGCAAGUUUAUUUUAG